CUGCUACUUGCUAUCCAGUGUCCGUCCUCCUCACUAGGUAAAAGAAUCAGGAGACAGCUAGAGGGAAAUUGCACAGUAGAGUCGACGGAUAUGGAGAGAGGUACACAACAGCAGCCACAACAAGGAGGAAUUAUGGUGGUGGCGACGCAGCAGAACCCUAUUGAGCAGCUGCAGGUAAAGUUGAAAGAGUUUGAAAAUGGAUUUCGGGCUUGGUUGACUAAGCAGCCACUGCCCGUGGAGGCUGCAGUUGUCACCUCCGCCAGUGCGGCUCAGGGAGGAGCAAUGGGCGCCAUGUUAGGUUUCCUGUCCAAAGACCUUUCUUCGUCUAUUACCGCUCCCCCUGAGGCAUCCCUCAAUCCUCAAGCUAUGGCUUCUCUCAAGCAAGCUCAGGCUUUGUCUGGUGGACCGGCUAUCCAAGCUCGCAACUUUGCUAUCAUGACUGGUGUUAAUGCUGGCAUAUCCUGCGUCAUGAAAAGACUCAGAGGGAAGGAGGAUAUCCAGUCUAACAUGGUGGCAGCUUUUGGUUCCGGAGCUGUUUUUUCCUUGGUUAGUGGCAUGGGUGGCCCAAAUCAGGUAGCAAAUGCAAUCUCUUCUGGACUGGCUUUUGCAGUAGUUCAAGCUGGGAUUUUCAAGGUAGGACAAAAAUUCUCUCAACCGCCAGCUGAAGAUCCGUACUAUGUCAGAACAAGGUCUAUGUUAAAUAAGCUCGGCCUUCAAAACUACGAGAAGAAUUUCAAGAGAGGCUUGCUAACUGAUAACACUUUACCGUUGCUAACUGACAGUGCUCUUAGAGAUGUAAAAAUCCCACCUGGACCAAGGUUGCUUAUCCUAGAUCACAUUCAGAGGGAUGCCGAGCUGAGAGAGAGGCGAUGAAGCUGUAGUUGCACUUCUGCUGAUGGACAAUUUUUAUAGAGGGUAGGAAAUAGUUUUCCUGUUGAAGAGAUACUCUUUGUUUGCAUCAUUUGACUUAAUUAUCCAAUUGUUUUUCCAAUGAUAUUAGUGUUUUCUUA